UGAACAGUGGAGCAGGUCACACUUCAAAGAAGAUUGCAAGUGUGAUGUUUUACUAAACAAUCAUUGUGAGAGCUGGAAUUCAAAAAUUUUGCCUGCUAGGAAGAUGCCAAUUUUAGGACUUUUGGAAGAUUUGAGACUAAAUGUCAUGAUCAGAUUGGCAAAUAGAAGAUGUGUAGGGCUUAGAUGGAAAAGUAAGGUCGGUCCAAGAAUUGCAAAACUGUUGAAGAAAAAUGCUGAUAGAAGCCAUGAGUACGCACCAAGAGAAUCUUCAAACAAUAGGUUCCAAAUUCAAGGAAGAGGAGUCUCAUGUCAAUCAGGUGUUAUAAGCACUCAUGAUGUAGAUCUCAAUAAAAGAAAUUGUACCUGCAGAAGAUGGAAUAUCAGUGGACUUCCAUGUCCACAUGCAAUUUGUGCAAUCUUUUCAAAGGGCCUGAAGCCAGAAGACUUUGUGGAUGUGGCCUAUUCGCAAAAAAAAUACAUGCUUGCAUAUGGUCCAGCCAUAAACCCAAUUCUUGGUGUUGAAGAAUGGGAUGUUAUCGAAAAGCCAAUUCUGUCACUACAGUACACUAGAGGACCUGGAAGGCCUAAAUUCUCAAGAAACAAAGAACCAGAUGAGCAACGUCUACCACCUCCUGGAACCACUAAGCCACCUUCUGGAACUGAGAAGUUACCAAGGGCUUACUAUCAAGGAAUUACAUGUGGACGAUGCCAUAAGAAAGGGCAUAAUAGCAGAACUUGUGCAAGAAGAGAAGCACAGUCCCAAACAAGGAUUGAAUCACCACCUUCUCAAAACUAUGGAAAUGAUGUGCAUGUUGAUCAAGCUUCACAUGAUGACAAUGUUCAACCAAACACCACCACCUCUAUGCAACAAGAUCAAGCCCAUACACAUAUAUCAUUUGAGAACACACUGAUAGAAGAGGUGCAUAUACAAACACCCUCAAGUGUGGGAGCUACUUCAUCGCAGCCACUUUUUACAAACCCAUCUAUGUCACAAGUUUACCCUCAUCCUCAAUCGUCUUCACAGCCAAGUGUUAUCGGAUCAUCCUCUGAGAAAGGGAGGCUAAGGCAGACUAAGUCACCAGCAAAGAAGCAAAUACCUAUGAGAAUUCAGCGCAACAAAGCCCCUGCACCAAAUGAAAGAUCUCAGCGCAAGCCAAAUUGGAAGCCAUGAACCUAAAUUGUUCUCUGCUUUUGUUUUUUUAGCUCUAUUAAGCAAUAGUCUUGUUGAAGCUGGGAUUAGAUGACAUUGCAUUUUGUAAUUUAAGGUUGAGCUUUUGUAAUCAUAAUUGAUGUUAGGCUUCAUAACUGCUACUAUAUACUCAACCUUUUAUCUUUUGUAUGCUUCGACAACUAGACAACAAUUUGGUUUAAGUGCAAAUUCAUU